AUGUUCAUCGCGCGAUCAGAAUAUGUGUUUCCAACAGACCGUGGAAUCAACACCUUCUCUCCCGAAGGGCGUCUAUUCCAGGUCGAAUACUCUCUCGAAGCUAUCAAACUGGGCUCUACAGCGAUCGGCGUAGCAACUUCGGAAGGUGUUAUUCUAGGCGUUGAGAAGCGCGUCACAUCUACCCUCCUCGAGGCUUCGUCCGUCGAAAAGAUCGUUGAGAUCGACCAGCAUAUUGGCUGUGCUAUGUCCGGUUUGCAGGCAGAUGCCCGGUCCUUAGUCGAGCAUGCCCGCGUUGAGUGCCAGAACCACGCUUUCCACUACGCCGAGCCACUGAGAGUGGAGAGCACCACUCAGGCUAUUUGUGAUCUUGCGCUGCGGUUCGGGGAGACUGGAGAUGAUGAUGAAAGCGUUAUGAGCAGACCCUUUGGUGUUGCUCUGUUGAUCGCAGGUUACGAUGAGGAUGGGCCGCAACUAUAUCACGCCGAACCGUCCGGUACAUUCUACAGAUAUGACGCAAAGGCCAUCGGGUCCGGAAGCGAGGGUGCGCAGGCGGAAUUGCAGAAUGAAUACCACCGGUCCUUGACACUGGCUGAAGCUGAGACACUCGUUCUGAAGACGUUGAAACAGGUCAUGGAGGAGAAAUUGGACGCGAAGAACGUCCAGUUGGCGAGCGUGACGAAGGAGAAGGGAUUCCGGAUCUACGACGACGAAGAGAUGGGACGGGCUGUGGCGCAACUGGGUGGUAAUCAAUGA